AGGUUAUGGAUCUUUGGGUCUUAUGACUUCGGUUCUAAUGUGUCCCGACGGGAGGACAGUAGAGGCCGAGGCAGCCCAUGGGACUGUGACACGCCACUAUCGCGAGUACCAGAAGGGACGACCCACUAGCACGAACCCGAUUGCUAGUAUUUUCGCUUGGACCCGUGGCUUGGCUCACCGAGGCAAACUGGACGACAACCAGGAGUUAGUCCGUUUCUGCGAAGACCUGGAGAAUGUUUGUAUCGAGACCGUGGAGAGUGGUCAAAUGACCAAAGAUCUGGCAAUUUGUAUUCACGGCGUGGAAGCCGUUCGGCCAGAACACUACCUGACGACAAUGGACUUCUUGGAUGCAAUUGCGAGUCGUUUGAUGCAGCGAAGGUCCUCUUGAACUCAGAGCUUUCAUUGUCCGGCUCUGGUGCUCAACUGCUCUCGUACAAGCCUUGGCACGCUCGUUUUCGGUGCCCCCUAGCAAUGUGCCUUCCGCAUAUGUUUUCAUGUUAGGGAUAGAAUUCUUAUCUUCCUAGUCUUCUUCGAUCCAUCGUUUGCUUUCAUUUCCCACUUUACCACCUGUGUUCUUUUUGAUCGUACUUUGUUUUAAUCUUCCUUGUCCGACACCGGUGCUGUACCUUUUAUACGACAUUAAUAGAGAGCAUACUUCUUGCCUGCAUACUGUGUUGCAUUACAUCCACAUGUACAACGCUUGCAACACGACUUGGAAAUGCUGGUGUUCGGCCUACCUCGUUUGACGUAUAUCCCCUUGCCCGUUUCUUACUAUAUGCAGCCUGUCAGUAGUUUGCUAUGAGCGAAGCUCACUAGUUUGGGCAGUAUAAUGGCUGUCUUACUUGGGAAG